AUGUAUUCAUUCAUAACCAAUACAUACCCAACAUCAGACACAGCUGGAACUUCAAUCCAUUUGGUUGCCCCAUCAGGUGAAAAGUUCAUUUUUGGCUCAAUACCUGAAGGUGCUCAAAGAAGUGUAACACAGCAAAAACUCAAAAUUUCAAAGCUUUCAAGUAUAUUUUUGACAGGUAAUUUGAAUUGGAAGACAGUAGGUGGUUUACCUGGUUUAAUCUUAACAACAAGCGAUCAAGGAAAAAAAUCUAUUUCGGUUUUGAACGGUAAUGGGAUCUUGAAUUAUAUGAUUUCAACUUGGAGAUACUUUGUCUUUCGUUUUGGUAUGGAUUUGAGACCAGCGGUGUUAUCUGACGAAGGAUCUUAUGAAAAUGAAUACAUGGUUGUUAAGCCUGUUAACUUAUCAAAGCAUAAUGCAUCGCCAUACAUGUCAGAUACCAACCAAGAAGAAAAGUUAAAGGCAAUAAUAAGAAAUAUGUUUCCACUAGAUACACAAAGACCAACUGAUCCAGAAGAAGAAAGAGGCGACCCGAGCUCCAACGAUCCUCAUGUCCACGUUGGAUUGCCAGAGAUAAAUGCUGAUCAGGUUUCAACUUGUUACACAAUUCAAUUCAAACCAGUAAGAGGGAAAUUUCAAAUAGAUAAAGCCAAAGAGCUAGGAAUCCCAAAGGGUAAACUUUUUGCACAACUAGCUUCAGGGAAGGAGAUUACAUUAGAAAAUGGGACAGUCAUUAGACCAGAUCAAGUUUUAUCAGAACCAAGACAUUUUCAACCAAUUUUAAUAAUAGAUAUUCCUUCAAUGGAGUACUUAGAAUCUGCUUUGAGUAACAGGUGGCCUGAAAAUACUGGGUAUGUCUAUCAUUUACUUGGAAAAGAUAUUGAUAUUUCAGACGAGACAUACGCUAAGUUUAUUGAGUCAUUUGGUCCAAAUUGUCAGCAUUCUAUUUCACACCCACUUUACUGUCCAGAUUCAGUUGUAUUUGAAUCAUCUGCAAUUGCUGUCUUGAAAUUGAAAGCUUUAAUGAAGGAUAAUUAUAACUUACCUUUAUCCUCUGCUGCAACACACCAGCUACCAGACUACAAAAAUACAGAUGUCGUGAAUAUUGGACAUACAGUCACUGUUGAGUCUAAGCAUGAGAAUAAAGCUAAUACCAUCAAAGCUUUAAAGAGUGAUACUGAUAAUUAUGGUGAAGAUUACUGGCAAAAACUUUAUACUGAACAUGUUGAGGCUUUAAAUUUGAACACCACAUCCACAAAAGAAAAAGUAUUGAACUUCAAAAAUGUCUCAGGGCAGGAUUUCAAUCCAACAUUGUCACUCAAGGACAAUGUUGAAACCAUAACAUUCGGUACAGGAAGUGCUUUACCAUCAAAAUACCGUAAUGUCAUAUCAAAUUUAGUUCGUAUUCCAUACAAGGAUGAAUCAGGUGUAAAAUUUAGAUCAGUUUUAUUAGAUGCUGGUGAAAAUACGAUCGGAUCACUACAAAGAUAUUUGGGUAAUGAUUUGGAGUCAUAUAUGAAAGAAUUGAAGCUGAUAUAUUUAAGUCAUUUACAUGCUGAUCACCAUUUGGGUAUUGUUUCUAUCAUCAAAAAAUGGUUUAAAAUGAAUACAGGCUCAAACGAGAAAUUAUACCUUGUGACACCAUGGCAAUAUGAUCAUUUCAUUAAAGAAUGGUUCAAGCUUGAAAACGACUAUGAUAUAAGUGAUCGUGUUGUCUAUAUAAGUUGUGAACAGUUCUUAAGAGGCAAGCGCAGAAACGAAGUUCCACAAAUUCCAUUCGAAGAUUUUGUCCCAGGUGGAAGUUACAAGAUUCAAGAAAACUUACAACUGUCGAGAGAUACUACCAAAAUUGAUACGAUGUUCAACGACGUCGGUAUUCAGUCUUUUGCCACUUGUCGUGCAUAUCAUUGUGAAUGGGCUUAUAGUUGCUCGAUUACUUUAAAACUUGAUGAAUCUAAAAACGAUGAAGAUGACCUAUUCAAAGUAUCAUACUCUGGUGAUACAAGACCAAAUACUUAUAUGUUUCCAACUGUCAUAGGUCAAGGAAGUGAUCUUUUGAUUCAUGAAGCAACUCUAGAGAAUGAGCUUGUACAAGAAGCAAAGAAAAAGAGACAUUGUACAAUGAAUGAGGCUAUUGAAGUCUCAAAUCAUAUGAAAGCCAAAAAAUUGAUCUUGACCCAUUUCAGUCAAAGAUACCCUAAAUUACCACAAAUUGAUGAAAAUAUCUCAGUUGAUGCUAAAUUCUGCUAUGCUUUUGAUUCUAUGAUUGUUAAGUAUCAUGAGAUUGAAGAUCAAGAGAAAGUUUUCAAAGACUUGGAUAAAGCAUUCAGUACAGAAAAGGAACAAGAGAGUGAAGAAGUUGAAUAA